AUGCCUCUCUCUUUUUCUCCAUCUCGGCUCUCAUUGCACGGUCCACAAUCCACAUCUCACUGGCUCACUCCAAUCCCAGUUUCACUCAUAAAGCCUCCAGCAAACCAGCAGCACCAGGACUAUGGAUCGCCAGUGUUGAAGCCUAAAGGGCCAGGAACUCUUCCUCCUAGUCCGACUACACAAAGCUGUGAGGAAUCUGGUUUUGUCAAGAAAAUAGGAGAGUACAAGAAGAGGUCCAAAACUUGGAAUCAUUUUCAUGUAAAGCAUGUGCAAGGAGUUCGUCAUGCAAUCUGCAAAUACUGUGAGAAGGACAUAGCUGCGGAUCCCAAAAGUAAUGGUACGACUCCCCUUAAUACUCAUGUAGCAAAAUGUCCUCUAAAUCCUAAAAAUAAGCCAAUUGGUCAUGCUACUUUACGUUUGGGUGAAACUGAAACCUUAGAGGGAGAGGUUAAAGGGGCACUUAUAAGUUGGAAAUUUGAUAUUGAAGUCAUUAGAAAAAGCAUAGCUUAUAUGGUAAUUGUUGAUGAGUUGCCAUUUAAACAUGUAGAGGGAAGAGGUUUUCAAUAUAUGAUGCAGACUGCUUGUCCAUCGUUUAGAAUUCCUUCAAGAUGGACUAUUUCUAGAGAUUGUUAUCAGUUGUAUUUAGAUGAAAAAAUUAACCUGAAACAUCUCUUGAAGAAUGACAGUGGCAGAAUUUGUCUAACAACAGAUUCCUGGACAUCCAUUCAAAGGAUAAACUAUAUGUGCCUCACUACCCAUUUCAUAGAUAAUGAUUGGAAACUGAACAAAAAGAUCCUAAAUUUCUGUCCUAUUGCUAGUCACAAGGGAAAUGAAAUUAGUAAGGCCAUAGAAAAAUGUCUACUAGAAUGGGGAGUUGAUGAUAUUCUAACUGUUACAGUUGACAAUGCAAGUUCCAACAAUUUAGUUGUCCAAUAUUUACGAGGAAAACUUCAAAAAUGGGGAAAAGCUGUGUUAAGGGGGAAAUGGACUCAUGUGAGGUGGAAUUCUACAUAUCUAAUGCUAGAUACAGCUCAGAGGUUUGAGCAAGCUUUUGAGAGGUUUGAGGAGCAGAAUCCUUAUAUGCUUCAAGAGUUAGAAAAUCUGCCAACAAAAUCUGAUUGGACAAAAGCUAGAUUCUUGCAAGUGACAAUAAUGAAUUGA